CGCAAACAGUUUUAAAUGAUAGUAUAACGUUGUAUAUAAUUUUAAUGGAGUUUUUUCAUUCAGUAUUCUAAAAUUUAAGCAUGAAUCAUAAACCAGUACACUGUAAUAUAGAUCAUAAUUAGCUAAUGUCCUCAUCUAAACUGCCGAAAAGUUUGGAGGAAGACAUUGAGCUCAUUUCUAAGCUAGAAAAUGUAGAAAUAAAGAAACUAGAGGAUAGCCUUCUAGAAAAUGACUUUCACUUUGACGAUGAAAGCCAUGGAAUUCAGUUCGAGGAUUCGUCCCAGGAACCAUUCCCCCAAGUCCAUAAAUUUCAAGUAAACAUUAGGUUAAAGGAGUCUAUAUACGCAAUAAGUAGAAAGAAAGAUUGUGUAGUAUCAUUGCAGAUAGAACUGACCGAUAACCAAAAGGUUCCAAGUAUACACCUGAAAGGCAUAUUAAACUCGUCAGUAAAACUGCGUAAUAAGUGCCUCUAUUUCAUAAAUAACGUGGCAUUUUCAGGAUCAACAACGUCAAGUUUUAGUAUUUACAAGCUUGUAGUGGAUUUUAAGAGUUUCCUACAGUACGAGUCAAGAAAUGAAGAUAUUGAACAAGUAACAGAAAAUUCUUCAAAUUUUGAUGAAUUUAUAACACUCUCGUUCUCUUCACUUACUGACGCCGAGUCCACCCCAAAUGAUUGUAAUUUUAUCGGUAAACAAGGCGAUAAUUUAGAUGGACAAAGCUAUGAUAGUAGGUAUAAAGAUACUACGAGGUACAACAGCAUAACAAUCUACAAGAAUGACAAGAUAUACAACCAUUUGAUAACGCACUCUCGCUACUUUAGAGAGUUUAAGGAGGAGGCUGUUUUGGGCUCAGGUUCAUUUGGCUGUGUAAUAAAGGUUUUGAGGAAUACAAUAAACUACGCAGUGAAGCAGAUACCAAUUUACCGUAACUACGAGUUUAUACUCCAUGAAGAAGCAGCUGUGUUGGCAAGUCUCCAGCACCCAAAUAUUGUUCGUUACUACGACGCCUGGGUGGAACAAUCACCGGAGUACCUUCUAACUAAAUACAACCGCCAAUCUAAUCUGCAAAAGAACAAUUUAGAGGAUAUUUUCAACGCUGAGUACACUCCUGGCUACAAUGAGUUCCAAUUUAAGGGCAAACUUGAUAGGGUUAUUGAGGAAAUUGACUUUGAUGAUCAGUUCAAUGAAGAUAGUGAACCUGAUAGUGAUAAUGUAGACCUUUCACCAGUGGAUAACAGAAACGUCAUAAAGAUACAUAAUAAGCAUUAUAAGAAGAAUAAGCACAUACCGAAAAAGUGCCUGUUUAUUCUCAUGGAGUACUGCGGGGAAGAGUCUCUGUAUGAAACCAUAAAUAAACAAACAUUGCACGAGAGUCCAGAAAGGGUGAUUGAGCUUUUCAGACAAAUUAUGGAGGCCCUCAGUUAUAUUCAUGAAAAGGGAAUAAUACACAGAGACGUUAAGCCAUCUAACAUCUUUCUAAAGUUUGAAAAUGAUUUUACAAUUAAGCUUGGGGAUUUCGGAUUAACAGCAAAACUGCAACAAUCCAAAGGAAAGAAUACAAUAGUUAAUGAGAAUGGAGUUGUUGGAACACUGCAUUACAUGGCACCAGAACAGUCGGAAUGUGACGCCUAUAACCAGAAAGUAGAUAUUUACUCGGCUGGUGUAGUGCUAUUUGAAAUGCUUUCCAAGCCUUUUCAGACUUUCAUGGAAAGAUGUGAGAUCCUAUCUUCCUUUUCAACACCAAACAAGCAAUGGCCAGAAGGAUUUAGAGAAAGAGUUGACAACAGACUCUUUAAGCUACUCGAGUCGAUGCUAAAUAUAAACCCCAACAAGAGACCCUCAGCAUCUGAGAUUCUUCAAAACGAAAUCUUUACCUCCAACAAGUUGAAUCUCCAGUCACUGUACAAUGUUAUUACGCAGUACCCCCACUCAAUGGAGUCCGUUCAGAUGCUGAACACUAUCUUCUCAAGGAAACAGCAGUAUAAGAAGCUGACAGACUACUAUAAUAUGGUAAUUAGUAACAACGUAAUAAACUACGUAAAUUUGGAACUAGGAUUGAUCUAUGAUAAGGAGUUUAAACUGAGAAAUGCACACAAGGUACACCCACACCUUCUAACACACUUGCCAUAUUCUUCAAAGGGUAAUUUUUUAAACAAUGACCUGGAUAAGGGAGUUGGUUUGGACAGAGAUAAAGCAUUUGAAAAGGAUAAAAACGCAGAAAGGGAUAAGAAUUUGGGAAAGGAUAGGAAUUACUAUAGAGGAAGACUGCUGUUGAAUAAUGGUAGGUGCUGUAACCUGACUUAUUCUCUCCUGUAUUCCUUGUCUGAAUGUAUGACUAAGGAGCUUACUACCAUAAUUAGAAGAUAUGUAUACUCACCAGUGUACUCUACACAUGGAAGUGGAACUGUUGGGUCCAGAAUUGAGGGCUUAAAUAUGAACUACUUUCUGGGCUACGACAUUAUUGUAGACUACAUGAUCAUCCUGAACGAGAAUAACGAAAACGAGAUGAACCUAGAUGCAUUUUUCACAUAUGAACUAGUCUCAGUGUCGUCUAGGCCCCUGAAGAGGUUCAUCAACUGUGCUCUAGUCUUGGAAUGGAACCACUAUGAAUUUUUAACAAGGUUACUCAGUUCCUUAAAAGUACCAGAACAACUCCUGAACCAGGUGGAGAAGCUAAUGCUGUCAGACGCACUAGUUAAAGGAAAGGUUACAGGAGUUCUGGAUGAAUUGAACUCAAUUACCAUUAAUUCUCAGACUUUGUCAUCAGUUUUGCUCAACGUUUAUCCAUUCCUGCACAAAUUUAAGGGGAGAGUGUCUGAACUCAAGAAGGGGCUGGAGGCUGUGCUGAACUGUGAAGUGCCGCAGGAAUUCAGCCAUUACCUUGAAAACCUCCAUUUUUUUGAAAAGUUUCUGGCUGACUUUGAUGGACUGCACUAUUUUAACCCGACUUACACUGAGUUGAGCAGUAACUGCAACAGCUCAAACAUUCCAAAUGAUCAGUUGCGCCAAGGGGGCAGGGAGGGAAUAUUUGAGAAGUUCUACUUUAGAAUAUUCUUGGAAAUUGGGAAGAGGAACUUUGGAGAUUUAAUAUUCGGAGGGUGCUACAACAGGAUAAUUGAAAAUAACACUAACAGGAGAAAUGCCUUCGGAUUCGAGAUGAAUCUCCACCCGAUUUACGACUACUUUACUCAAAAUAUGGUGAACAAGAACCUGUACAAUAACCUUCACUUGAACUACGCCCCUGAAGUGGUGGUCUACACUCCCCAAAUGAGCCUGAUAAUAGUAGCAACAAGCCUUGAGAGCAAGUUCUGGAGCAUGGGAGUCAAGUGCUACAAGAAGGUCGGAGGACAACUUAACAUAAAAAGGAUCACCAGACUCAAGAAAGCAGGCUUAUUUUCACUUCAGAAACUUAAAUAUCUUGUUACCAUCAAGAAGAGUAACGAUAACCACGAAAUUCAGUACUUCAUCUCCGAUAUCAACUUCGAUAACAAAUACACCUUUUGGGGGGAGGAUAAUGUUCUGGAGCAUAUUUUACACGAUAUUAACCCGAACUAAUUUUUUUAACCAGA